AAUUGGUGCUAAAGGUUGUGGUGGCAGUGGCGGUGGCGGCACUGCCAAAGGGAGCAGCGGUGGCAGCGGUGGUUGCGGGAUGAUGAAGGCUCCAGGUGGAGGAGGAGCUUACAUAUCCAGGCCUGGCUUCGAGAGUAACCCCAAGGGUUACUUCUCUGGUCUCCACACCGGAGAAAAGGGCGGCAAAUGA